UUUUUCCCCCCCCCCCCCUCCCCCGGCCCGCCCACUUCUAGGCGUCCUCGGUUCGCGGCCGGCUGCCCGGCGGCGGGGGGAAGCGAGCGGCCGUCGCUGGAGUUUCUCGCCGGUCGGCUGGGACCGGGGCCCGCCGCUCCCGCCCCGCCGUCCCCGGAUACGGUCCUCAGGGCGCCAUGGCCGGGGACCGGCGCGGCCCGGCGGGUGUGCGGCCGCCUCGCGUCCCCCGCGCGCUCCCGGGGCUCCGGGUCCCGCCGGCGGCCGCCCGGGCCUGAGCGCCGCCCGCCGCGCGCCCCAUGGCCGCCCCCGCGCCCCCGGUGGCGGCCCCCGCGGCCCCCGCGCCCGAGGUGGCCCAGCUGCGGCGCCAGGUGGAGAAGCUGGAGCGCGAGCUGCGCACCUGCAGGCGGCAGGUGCGGGACAUCGAGAAGCUGCUGCAGCACACCGAGCGGCUGUACCAGAGCGCCGAGGCCAGCAACCAGGAGCUCCGCACGCAGGUGGAAGAGCUCAGUAAAAUACUCCACUGUGGGAGAACUGAGAGCGAUAAGAAGUCUGAUGUAGAAGUGCAGACAGAGAACCACCCUCCUUGGUCCAGCGCAGAGUACUAUUACCAGGCUUACUAUGAGAAUGCUAGUCUUCUAAGCACGGAGAAUGAACUGUCAGCUCAUCAAGAUCAGGAUAUUGGCGUUUCUACUUCUCACUCUAAAGACCAGUCAGAAGUAGAAGGUGAUGCUCAAGUGGAUACUGACAGGUCCCCCGAUGCUAAAUGUGGCCAAGAGGACCCUUUUGCGUCAGGUUCACAGGAGACAGCUUCUGUAUUGGCAACAGAAGACACAUCCUUGGGAGGCUCCUCUCUAGCUGAGAGUCUGAGGGCUGCGGCAGAGGCUGCCGUGUCACAGACUGGAUUCAGCUACGAUGAAAGCACUGGGCUCUAUUUUGACCACAGCACGGGUUUCUAUUAUGACUCAGAAAAUCAGCUCUAUUACGACCCUUCCACUGGGAUCUAUUACUACUGCGACGUGGAGAGCGGCCGCUACCAGUUCCACUCGCGAGUGGACUUGCAGCCCUGUCAGACCCCUGCUGCCAGACAAGGCAGAGAUAGGAAGUCGAAGAAGAAAAGAAAGGACCCAGACCACUCUUCAGCAAGCGAAGAAAAGGAUUUGAAUUCAGAAGAUCAAAAAGUAUCCAGUAUUGAACAUACGAGCUGCGGUGAAGAAGAUUUUGCAAAUGUGAAAAAGAAGGCAAAAGCAGACAUUCACUAUAAAAGCGACUCCUCCACAUUCACUGUCCCGCGGACUGGAUGCACUGUAGAGACUUGUCAUGAUGAAAAUAGCUACAAGUCGGCUCUGAACAGAGACGAGAAACUCGCGGAGACCGACAGUGAGCCAGAGGAAGGGGAGAUCACAGACUCUCAGGCCGAGGACGCUUACGACGAAGACCUGACGAGCGAGGACGGUGAGAGUGCAGUAGAGAGCGAGGAGGGAGAUGAAGAAAAAAUUUGGCCCCCGUGUAUUAGAAUAAUUGUGAUUAGGUCGCCAGUGUUGCAGACAGGAUCACUUUUUAUCAUCACAGCCGUAAACUCUGCUACAAUUGGAAGAGAAAAAGACAUGGAACAUACGGUCCGGAUUCCUGAAGUCGGUGUUAGUAAGUUUCAUGCAGAAAUUUAUUUCGAUCACGAUUUGCAGAGCUAUGUCCUUGUAGAUCAAGGCAGUCAAAACGGGACGAUUGUUAACGGAAAGCAAAUUCUUCAGCCCAAAACCAAGUGUGACCCAUACGUACUGGAGCAUGGAGAUGAGGUGAAGAUUGGAGAGACUGUGUUAUCCUUUCACAUUCAUCCUGGCAGUGACACCUGUGACGGCUGUGAACCAGGGCAGGUCAGAGCUCACCUGCGCCUUGAUAAAAAAGACGACUCUCUCGUUGGUCCAACACUGAGUAAGGAGGAGAAGGAAUUGGAAAGAAGAAAAGAAUUAAAGAAAAUACGAGUAAAAUAUGGCUUGCAGAAUACAGACUAUGAAGAUGAAAAGGCGUUGAAGAAUCCAAAAUACAAAGACAGAGCUGGGAAGCGCAGAGAACAGAUCGGAAGUGAAGGGACUUUCCAAAGAGAUGAUGCCCCUGUGUCUGUGCAUUGUGAAAUUACCGAUAGCAACAAAGGUCGGAAGAUGUUGGAGAAAAUGGGCUGGAGGAAAGGGGAAGGCCUCGGGAAGGACGGUGGAGGCAUGAAAACCCCGAUCCAGCUCCAACUCCGGCGGACACAUGCAGGCUUGGGGACGGGCAAGCUGUCAUCCAUUGAAGAAGUUCAUCUUCUCCAAAGCAAGAGCAAAAAGAACUGGGAUAAAGCAAGAGAAAGGUUUGCUGAAAACUUCCUGGAAACUAAACCUCAAAAAGAUGCACCAGGAAAUGUGCCUUGGGUAAAAGGGACUGUUGAGUGAAAGUCAGUCAUAGUGUACACGAUUUAAGGAUUUUUCGUAAAAAGAGUUGGAAACUUAUUUUAUGCAGGACUUUUCCCUUAAAAAAAAAAAAGAAAAAGAGAAAAAAUUGGCAUGAGGGAAUUAUGUCACAGUUUAUCUCCUCAUGAUUCAGAAAUGUGUAAAAAGUACGGUUUGAAGCUUUUAACAACCAUUUGUUAAACUAAUAAAUAGUGGCUGAAUCAAGUUAGGCUGUGAGUGGACUAAAGUUCACAGGUCAAGGGUGAACUUAGACCUUAUUUUUAUCUUGUCAUUUAUAAGACCCAUAUAAACAACUAGCCAUGUAAGCAAAAUUCAUGUAACCACAAAUGACUUGACUUUAAUGUCCACUUGUCCUUGUCUCCAUGUACUUCAUUAAGCCUCAAAGGCUUCUCGGAACAAUCUGAGUCCCUACUUAUUCCCUCUAGAGCACAGGCACAGAAAUGCUGAGGACACAUGGGUAAGGUGCAUACAUUCUGCUACUCUUGAAAUAAUCUCAGUGACACUGAAGAAGUAAAGGACAGGUGACAUGCUGUAGAGAAUUAGUCUUUCAUUAUUUUCUUCUGUGAAGAAUCUGUUGACUUGUACUAUAUAUUAAACAUUUGCAUUUGGUUUGUUUCAUAGCUGAAAUAUUUAGAUGUGAACCAUUGAGUACGGUAUUGAAAUACUCAGUGUGCUGGCAUUUGUAGUUUCAUUGCUGGCAAUGGAGCAGCGCCGGAGGAAUCUGAUUUCUAGUAAAACGACCGACCCAGUCACAGCCUCAAACUUGAGCUGUUUACCAACAAUGUCCUCGAUGCAAUAAAAAUAUUAUAACAUCGGAAAUAGUGAUUCAUUGAGCCAGUGAUUGGAGCACAGUUCACAGUCAGCCAUAGUUCUCCUCUGCGCUGGCAGCCAGCCCCACGAGGCUAGAGAACUGUAGUGCAGUGCUGUGAGUGCAGAUGCCACUGCCCUGCCAGUUACUGGCACGCGCGCGCACACACACGCGCGCACACACGCACACACACACACACACUUUUUUCUCAGUCUUUUGCUAGGAAGUUCAUGUUGGAACUAAGCUUUUUCUGUCAUUGCAUACGAGCUCAUCUACUGUAGAGAGAUGUUGUCGAGGUCUAGAGAUAACGAGAAGGAAAGGUGAAGGGCUAUUAAUCUAAAUGAUACAGGGUACUUGGGGAGAGAGAAGAUGGGGAAAGAAAACAAAAAGUGCUCACUUGAGUGGGAUUCUGACAGCUGGUGUCUUGUACCAGUAACAAUGACUUCAGUUUCCAAAUUAGUCUUUGCCGUUUUUAGAUCUCACUCACUGGAUUAGUAUAUGAUUGUCUUCAUGAUAUUUCUCACUUUUAUUAUUAGCUUAAGGAAAACUUUUUUUUAUUGUUUUCUUUUGUUAAGAAAAUGGAAACUUGAAAAUGGUGAUAGAAAUAGAAAUAUGUGUGAUAUUUGCAUUAUUAAACUCUUUGCAGAUAUAAAGUCUCAGGGCUAUGUAUUAUAUAGUGGCUAAAGACUAAGUAAUGUCUGGGUGUAUUUCCAUCUGUGAAAUAAGAGUAAUAUUUAUCUUCCAUGUCUUGAAUAGGAAACGAUAAUAUAUUAUAAAGGCAUUUUGUAGAAAUAGUACAGAUGUGAGCUUCUAUUUGUUCAGAAGCAUCGAGGUGAAUUAUGUACAGUUUGGAUUAUAUAUGAAACUGUUGCGUCUAAUAUUUUAAAUUACAGCUUAUUCACAGUUUAAAUUUAUUUAAUAGUUUUGAUGUAUUUAUUUUAAGCUACACAUUGCUGAAUAUUUUACAUUUUUCUAGAACAUGACAAGCUGACAAAAUCAAAAAACGAUUAACAGUAGAGUAAAAUAAACUGUUUUGUAGUGUUAAAUAGCUAGGAAACACUUGUUCUCAAAAAUGAAAGAAAUUUUUGUAUGCUUUUAAAACAGUU